GCCAUGACCCUCCUGGAAACAGAAAUAAUUGUUGUCAAGCGUUGCUAAGGAAGUGGCUGAGCAUUGUUUCAUAAAUCCGCUUCUUGUUCGCAACUUUUAAUCAAAGUAGGCAAUGAGAAAUCUCUCUGAAAUCAAAAGGCAUCAAACAUGACAAGAGGAUGAGUGAGAAUGGAGAUGACAAAGAUCUCCAAUGGUGUGGCGACUCUGGGCAAAGACAAGACGCAGAAGCUGUCAAAUGCAGUGAGCCUCUUAAGACCCCCUUAGAUGUCACCUCCCCCCAAAAGCACUGCACUGAUGUCAAACUACCAGCAAAAAAUACAGAAGGGAUAAGCCCGUACCAACCUAGGCCUCCCUCUUUACCCAGACGGUUUAAGAUUGGCAAGAGUAGUUCUGUAGACCAGUCUGUGAGGACCAGAAGAAUCAGGAACAGCCAGGAGAGUUUGAGUGACAGAGCCGAGACAUGUUCCUCCACAGAUUCAUUGAAAGAGGACCAAAGACUGCACGCGUCAACUGGAUUUCUCUCCGAAGCUGCCUCACAUGAGCAGGAGUUAGAAGAAACACGAUCCCCAGUAUUUAGACACAGAGGAAGCAGUCUAUCUGAGUAUCAAAAAAGACCCCAAAGCCAGCAGAGUGACCCCACAGAACUCCGAACUCAAGUGUCUAAAGUGCGCCUGUCCCCCGUACAGCCCACUGGGCCACUUCCCAGUCUGGAGAAAAACUUUGCGUCAGUCGCUUUACGGGCAGCUAAUAGGAUUGACAGGGAUUGCUUGGAUUACAUGGGGCAGGCCAAAUGCAAUGAAAGACUGCACCGGAACCUGAGUGAUAGCCGGCUUCUGGAGAAUAUGGGAUCGGACAGUGCCUCAGUCAGCUCAAUGAGAUCCAACUACAGUGUGCUGAGCCCCAUCAAGCCAAAGGACGUGAGGAACAGAAGCUUUUUGGAGGGUAGUGUGCUUGGAAGUGGCGCCCUUCUUGGAGCAGAGGAGUUGGACCGCUACUUUCCUGAAAGACAACUGGGAAUCUAUAUUGCCACAUGGAACAUGCAGGGAGAAAAGGGGCUGCCAGUCAACUUGGAUGAUCUCCUUCUUCCAACUGAUUCAGAAUUUGCACAGGACCUUUAUGUUAUUGGAGUUCAGGAGGGCUGCCCAGAUAAGAGGGAAUGGGAGACCCGCCUUCAAGAGACUCUGGGGCCCUACUACGUCAUGUUGUACACAGCUUCCCAUGGUGUUUUAUAUCUUAGUAUCUUUGUUCGAAGAGAUCUCAUUUGGUUUUGCUCAGAGGUGGAACAUGCCACAGUCACAACCAGAAUCAUCUCUCAAAUUAAGACAAAAGGAGCUGUUGGAGUCGGUUUUACCUUUUUUGGGACUUCCUUCCUGUUUAUAACAUCACAUUUUACAUCUGGGGAUUCCAAAGUCUAUGAGAGAAUUCUAGACUACAACAAAAUCAUUGAAGCUUUAGCUCUCCCAAAAGGUCUUCCAGAUACCAACCCAUACCGCUCCACACCGUCUGAUGUCACCACAAGAUUUGAUCAGGUAUUUUGGUUUGGAGACUUUAACUUUCGACUCAGUAAAAAUAGAGUGGAAAUUGAAAACAUUAUAAAUCGAACUACAGGCAAAGACAUGGGCUCUCUGCUGGAGCAUGACCAACUCUGCAAGGAAAUAAAGGAUGGUUCAAUAUUCAAAGGUUUUCAAGAGGCCCCAAUACACUUUCUACCAACAUACAAGUUUGACAUAGGCUGCGAUAUUUACGACACAUCUUCCAAACAAAGAACACCAUCAUACACAGACAGAAUCCUCUUCAGGAGCAGACAGUCUCAUGACAUUCGGGUCAUUAAAUACACCAGUUGCACCAACAUCAAGACCUCAGACCACCGGCCCGUCAUCGGAGUCUUCCAGGCCAAACUGAGGCCAGGCAGGGACAAUAUCCCUCUAGGAGCAGGACUGUUUGACCGUGGCCUUUACUUGGAGGGCAUCCGGAGAAGAAUAACGAGAGAGCUGAAGAGGAGGGAAGUUAUGAAAAACCAAAGCAGCAGCUCCAUCUGCACCAUCUCUUGAAUCAAUUCUGUUUGAACCAGAGAAGGAUCACAUUUUGGCCUAGGGAGGACCUAGAAUAUCAGGAACGGACUUAAUAUAGAUGGGUAUACAAUGGUUUCACGUUUAUUUAACUCUUAACUACACAACAGCAGGAAAUGGUACAUGAGCAGACAGCUCCCUCUGUUGGAUCUUUGUUGAACUAAAAUGCAUUGGGAACUUGAGGGCAGGGACCUUGAGAACAGACACUACAGCAGCUUUAUUACUCUCCACUUUGCAAAGGCAAAUGGGAGUUUUGUGGUUGCCAUGUUCAAAUAAUAAUUACUCACACUACGUAAACAAACUGUAUUUAAAGGCCAUAUAUUUAUUUUAUUUACAUUUCUUUUGCAUUGUUUACGGACUAAUAAUUAAAUUGUAGCAAACAGUAUGGAUAUCAGCACCUUUGACUUAAAAUGUGUAUACUCAGUGUUUAAGGCUUAGACAGCUUUGUUCAUUGUAAUGCCUUAUUUAUAUAUAUAUAUGUAUAUGUG